GCCUAGUCUGGCUCCGGCGCCGCCCGUCGCUGACUCGUCCUCGCUGCAGUCGCCGCCGCCGCCGCCGCCGCCGCCGCCGCCGCCGCCGCCGCCGCCGCCGCCGCCGCUCCUCCGCCUGGCCCGGGCCGUCUGCCCGCAGCCAUGAGCGUGCUCGGCCCCGGUGGAGCCCGCAGUCCUCUAGAUUAGUCUCCACCGCCGUCCAGGACCCGCUUGCAGCAUGGAGUCGCCCGCCUCGAGCCAGCCCGCCAGCAUGCCCCAGUCCAAAGAGAGGCUGGUCAUAUCCAUGGUGACCAUUUAUGGGCCACAACAGGUCCCCAUCUGCGCAGUGAACCCUGUGCUGAGCACCUUGCAGACGUGAUCUUGCUUCGUCCUGCAGCACUGUGCGGGGCAGGAAAAUCCAAGAGGAAGAAGGAUCUACGGAUAUCCUGUAUGUCCAAGCCACCCGCACCCAACCCCACACCCCCCCGGAACCUGGACUCCCGGACCUUCAUCACCAUUGGAGACAGAAACUUUGAGGUGGAGGCUGAUGACUUGGUGACCAUCUCGGAACUGGGCCGCGGAGCCUAUGGGGUGGUAGAGAAGGUGCGGCACGCCCAGAGCGGCACCAUCAUGGCCGUGAAGCGGAUCCGGGCCACCGUGAACUCACAGGAGCAGAAGCGGCUGCUCAUGGACCUGGACAUCAACAUGCGCACGGUCGACUGCUUCUACACUGUCACCUUCUAUGGAGCACUAUUCAGAGAGGGAGACGUGUGGAUCUGCAUGGAGCUCAUGGACACAUCCUUGGACAAGUUCUACCGGAAGGUGCUGGAUAAAAACAUGACAAUUCCAGAGGACAUCCUUGGGGAGAUUGCUGUGUCUAUCGUGCGGGCCCUGGAGCAUCUGCACAGCAAGCUGUCGGUGAUCCACAGAGAUGUGAAGCCCUCCAAUGUCCUCAUCAACAAGGAGGGCCAUGUGAAGAUGUGUGACUUUGGCAUCAGUGGCUACUUGGUGGACUCUGUGGCCAAGACGAUGGAUGCCGGCUGCAAGCCCUACAUGGCCCCUGAGAGGAUCAACCCGGAGCUGAACCAGAAGGGCUACAAUGUCAAGUCGGACGUCUGGAGCCUGGGCAUCACCAUGAUUGAGAUGGCCAUCCUGCGGUUCCCUUACGAGUCCUGGGGGACCCCGUUCCAGCAGCUGAAGCAGGUGGUGGAGGAGCCGUCCCCCCAGCUCCCAGCCGACCGUUUCUCCCCCGAGUUUGUGGACUUCACUGCUCAGUGCCUGAGGAAGAACCCCGCAGAGCGUAUGAGCUACCUGGAGCUGAUGGAGCACCCCUUCUUCACCUUGCACAAAACCAAGAAGACGGACAUUGCUGCCUUCGUGAAGGAGAUCCUGGGAGAAGACUCAUAGGGGCUGGGCCUCGGACCCCACUCUGGCCCUCCAGAGCCCCACAGCCCCAUCUUGGGGGGCAGUGCUCACCCACACCAUAAGCUACUGCCAUCCUGGCCCAGGGCAUCUGGGAGGAACCGAGGGGGCUGCUCCCACCUGGCUCUGUGGUGAGCCAUUUGUCCCAAGUGCCAAAGAAGCAGACCAUCGGGGCUCCCAGCCAGGCCCUUGUCGGCCCCACCAGUGCCUCUCCCUGCUGCUCCAAGGACCCGUCUCCAGCUGCUGAGAUCCUGGACUGAGGGGGCCUGGAUGCCCCCUGUGGAUGCUGCUGCCCCUGCACAGCAGGCCGCCGGUGCCUGGAUGGAUGGGCCACCGCCUUGCUCAGCCUGGAUGCCAUCCAAGUUGUAUAUUUUUUUAAUCUCUCGACUGAAUGGACUUUGCACACUUUGGCCCAGGGUGGCCACACCUCUAUCCUGGCUUUGGUGCGGGGUACACAAGAGGGGAUGAGUUGUGUGAAUACCCCAAGACUCCCAUGAGGGAGAUGCCAUGAGCCGCCCAAGGCCUUCCCCUGGCACUGGCAAACAGGGCCUCUGCGGGGCACACUGGCUCACCCAGUCCUGCCCACCACCGUUAUCGGUGUCAUUCACCUUUUCGGGUUUUUUUUAAUUUAUCCUCUGUUGAUUUUUUCUUUUGCUUUAUGGGUUUGGCUUGUUUUUCUUGCAUGGUUUGGAGCUGAUCGCUUCUCCCCCACCCCCUAGGGUACCAGCAGGCAGAGCCUUGCCCUCUGCUCAGGCUGGGGUCCAGUGGGAGGGGCCCAAGGUCUCUGCUCAGAGAAGUGCAGGGGGAGCCUACCAGCUCACUCUCCCUGAGGACUGGCUUGACAGGGGCUAUGGGUUUGCUUUGGUGUUGUUUUUAAAAAAAAGAAAA